AUGAUAUCCCACAGAGAGCGGCUGGGCAACCCGGCUGUGUCCCCGCCCCCAGUCUGCGCAGGACCCAGGGGCCCCAUGAUGCACGGGGCCACCUUUGCAUAUGUGCCCAGCCCCCAGGUUAUGCACAGGAUCCCAGGGACCUCUGCCUAUGCCUUCCCCAGCUUGAGUCCCGUGGCCCUCACGGAGCAUGGCUGCCCCUAUGGGGAGGCCCGGGAGCGACACGAGCCACUGCCUGCCAAGCUGGCCCUGGAGGAGGAGCAGAAGCCAGAGUCCAGCUGGGCCCAGGAGCUUCGGCGGGUGGCCAUGACACUUCUCAAGGUGCCACUCAUGGUCACCUUCCUCUACCUCUUUGUCUGCUCCCUGGACGUGCUCAGCUCUGCCUUCCAGCUGGCGGGAGGGAAGGUGGCUGGUGACAUCUUCAAGGACAACGCCAUCCUGGCCAACCCCGUGGCAGGGCUGGUGGUGGGGAUCCUGGUCACCGUGCUGGUGCAGAGUUCCAGCACCGCCACCUCCAUCAUCGUCAGCAUGGUCUCCUCUGGCUUGCUGGAGGUGAGCUCUGCCAUCCCCAUCAUCAUGGGCUCCAACAUUGGCACCUCCGUCACCAACACCAUCGUGGCCCUGAUGCAGGCAGGGGACAGGACUGACUUCCGGCGGGCCUUCGCGGGGGCCACAGUGCACGACUGCUUUAACUGGCUGUCCGUUCUGGUCCUGCUGCCCCUGGAGGCUGCCACCGGCUACCUGCACCACGUCACUGGGCUCGUGGUCGCCUCCUUCAACAUCCGUGGUGGCCGCGAUGCUCCCGACCUGCUCAAGACCAUCACGGAGCCCUUCACAAAACUCAUCAUCCAGCUGGACAGGUCCGUGAUCACCAGCAUUGCCACAGGGGACGAAUCCCUGAGGAACCACAGUCUCAUCCGGAUCUGGUGCCACCAAGACUCCAUGGAGGCUUCUACCUCCAUGGCCAGGGUAGAGACCAACAUCAGCCGGGCCCAUGGAAAUGCCACCAUGGAGAAAUGCAAUCACAUCUUCGUGGACACGCAGCUGCCUGACCUGGCCGUGGGGCUCAUCCUGCUGGCUGGCUCCUUGGUGCUCCUGUGCACCUGUCUCAUUCUCCUUGUCAAGAUGCUCAACUCCCUGCUCAAGGGCCAGGUGGCCAAGGUCAUCCAGAAAGUGAUCAACACCGACCUGCCUGCCCCCUUCACCUGGGUCACGGGCUACUUCGCCAUGGUGGUGGGCGCAGCUAUGACCUUCAUUGUCCAAAGUAGCUCCGUGUUCACCUCGGCCAUCACCCCGCUCGUUGGCUUGGGAGUGAUCAGCAUCGAGCGAGCCUACCCUCUCACACUGGGCUCCAACAUCGGCACCACCACCACUGCCAUCCUGGCUGCCCUGGCUAGCCCCCGGGAGAAGCUGUCCAGCUCCUUCCAGAUCGCCCUGUGUCACUUCUUCUUCAACAUCUCGGGCAUCCUGCUCUGGUACCCGCUACCCUGCACACGCCUGCCCAUCCGCAUGGCCAAGGCGCUGGGCAGACGCACCGCCAAGUACCGUUGGUUCGCUGUCCUCUACCUCCUCGUAUGCUUCCUGCUGCUGCCUUCGCUGGUGUUUGGCAUCUCCAUGGCAGGCUGGCGGGCCAUGGUAGGGGUGGGUGCACCCUUCGGGGCCCUGCUGGCCUUCGUGGUGCUCAUCAACAUCCUGCAAAGUCGAAGCCCCGGGCGCCUGCCCAAGUGGCUGCAGACGUGGGACUUCCUGCCACACUGGAUGCACUCCCUGCAGCCCCUGGACCGCCUCAUCACCCAUGCCACCUUGUGCUGUGCCAGGUCCGAGCCCCGCUCACCCCAGCUGCCUGCCAGGGUCUUCUUGGAGGAGUUGCCCCCCGCCACGCCCUCCCCCCGCCUCGCACUGCCUGCUCACCACAAUGCUACCCGCCUCUAG